AUGGUCUCGGACCGGGUCCGCAAACUCGUCCACGACACCAAGACCGUCACCUCCGUCUGGGCACAGGACCCCUCGAGACCCCCGAGCGACAUCAUCAAGCAGCUCUACGGCGCGCUCAGACGGGACCGGAACUGCGAUGGAAGCGAGUAUCGCCAGCCUGCCUCUGCAGAGGCACAACAAGCAGCGCUGAACUGCGGCAACUGGGGGCCGACCAAACCAAGCCCUCUCUUCUUGCAGGCCUUUGCCGACGCUCUCAACUGCCUCGACGCAGAUGCGCUCUCGGGGGUCGUGUCGCCGCCCUUGAUGGGAUCGCACGGCACCAUACCGCUGACCGUCAUCGCGCCCGUGGCCGACGUCGUCCGCCACUGCUCGAAUCUCAUUGCCCGCGCCGAGAGGGAGGUCUUCUUCAUCACCUGCGCCUGGUCGCCUUCGGUCGCACAAGGGCUGAUCCGAGCCUCCCUGCUGGAGCUGUCGCGAAGGUCGGCCGCGCGAGGGCGCCGCGUCACCGUCAACUUGAUGUACGACAGCGCAGGGCCGUCCAACCUGGCCGACUCGCACCACCGAGUGAGGCCGGGGACCUACGCGUCCAAAUCCGUGCAGCUUCCCGGCCCGGACGAGAUUCCCAACGUCGACCUCGAGGUGACGAGCCUGCACACCCUGCCGCUGGGGACGCUCCACGCAAAGUUUUGCGUCGUGGACCGCAAGAUGGCGGCGGUCAUGAGCAACAACAUGCAGGACAAUGACAAUCUCGAAAUGAUGAUCCACCUCGAGGGCCCCAUUGUCGACAGCAUCCACGACACCGCCGUCAUCACCUGGUACAAGAGUCUCGCGUCGUCGCUGCCGCCCGAGGACCAGCUCCCGGCCUCCGCUGGCGGCCUUCCCACCGAGGACCACGCGGAGCGCCAUCUCCAUCCGCGCGGCCCGACGGCGAGCCAAGUCGCGCUCGUCGGGGAGGCGGAGGCGCGGGCGCAGUCGCAGGCGCCGCUCGCAAAGCACACGCCAGAAGACGCCCACUUCGACCACGACCUCGCCGGCGAAGUCGUCCGCGUCCAGGGCAGCUACUCGGCCAAGCCCAACGAGACGCGCCUGCAGGCCGUCAACCGACAGCUCAACACGUCGGUCAAGACGCCCGUCGCGCCCACGGGCCCCGAGGUCGCCGACGGCGAGGAGAUGACGCCGUACAUGGCCACGGCCACGCCGGGCCCGGUUCCCAUGGCCAUGGUGUCGCGCCCCCCCUACGGGUGCUUCGGCUCGAGCAACGGCUACGUCCCGCAAAACGAGGCGUGGCUGUCGCUCAUACGCAACGCCCAGCGGAGCAUCUUCAUACAGACGCCGGACCUCAACGCGGCGCCGCUGAUUCCCGCCCUGAGGGCCGCCCUGAGGCGCGGCGUCCAGGUCACGUACUACGUGUGCUUCGGCUACAACGACCUGGGCGAGAUGAUCCCCGGCCAGGGCGGCACCAACGACCAAGUGUCCCGGUCGCUGGUCGGCUCCCUGCCGCCCGACGGGCCGGAGCGAGCCCUGCUGCAGGUGUACAACUACGUCGGGAGGGACCAGGACCGCCCCAUCCACCACCGGUUCAGGGCGCGCUCGUGCCACAUCAAGCUGCUCAUAGCGGACGGCAGCGUCGGCAUCCAAGGCAGCGGCAACCAGGACACGCAGUCGUGGUUCCACAGCCAAGAGGUCAACGUCAUGGUCGACAGCGAGGAGAUUUGUCGUGCGUGGCGGGCGGGGAUCGACAGGAACCAGAACACAAGCGCCUUUGGCAGGGUCGCCGCCGACGGACUCUGGAGGGACGAGAAUGGGCAACCCGGCGAGGGGUACAUGGGCGAUCCCGGAAAGGUCCAGGGGCUCGUCAGGGGCGUCGUCGGCAUGGUGAGCAAGAUGGAAGGCCUGGGCGGGUUUUAG